CGCAGCCUCUGCAGCAUCAUUCUACCUAAAGACCACCCCAACUCAGUGCGCCCACGCCCAAUUCUCAGACCGUCCACACGCACACCACAUCUCUCUCCAUCAUGUCUUCCGGACCCGAAACAGGCCUCCCCGAGGGAUGGGAGAUACGCCAUUCCAACAGCAAAAACCUCCCCUACUACUUCCACCCUGCGACCAAAGACUCGCGAUGGGAGCCACCAGCGGGGACAGACCCAGACAGGCUGAAGGCUUAUAUGGCCAAGUACCACAGUUCUAAGGGUGUUACGCCGGCAAACCUCGAUAACCAGGGCGAUAAGAUACGCGCUGCACAUCUCCUCGUCAAGCACCGGGAUAGUCGCCGACCAGCCAGCUGGCGGGAGCCACGCAUCACGCGCUCCAAGGAAGAGGCGAUCGAGGCUAUAAAGGUGUACCUCGAACAGAUAACGGCAUACGAGAACAACUCGUCCGACCCCAAUGGAAAAUCGCUAUCAGAGCUCGCCACGACCGAAUCGGAUUGCAGCAGUGCCCGGAAGGGUGGAGAUCUGGGAUUCUUUGGACGAGGAGACAUGCAGAAGGAGUUCGAGGAGGCUGCCUUCCGCCUGAACAAGGGCGAGGUUAGCGGCAUUGUGGAGACGGCAUCCGGGGUGCAUUUGAUCCAGAGGCUGGAAUAGCAGUCCCACGGUCUGCGCCUGGGAACGAGUACAUACAUUAAUGGCGCAUUAUCGAAUAGCAUGGGGGUCUGUUUUUAGCGUACCGUCCUGCAGUGCAGUGCUCCUUAUCGGCACCAUGCGCGCAGAAGAUGCGGCGAUUGAUUUGAAAAAUGGCGCUGGGCUGUGCAGUCAUGCCCAACAAGUGUGGGUUUGAGCAGCCCGAGUGUAGGUAUUUCGAAUGGAACCACGUUCGCCGUCCACACUACCCCGCGACGCCCCUCAAUUUCUCUCAUGAUGUUAUAUCACAGGCUGGUUGGUGGGCUGGGCAGGCAAAAGACUGUGGGGAGUAGGGUCGGCCGAUUUUUGCGCGUACUGGCUCUGGA